AUGUCAUACUGUCAACGCUGUGGAGAAUUAGGAAGAACAGAGAAAUGUUUAAAGUGUGGAACUACCUUGAUCUCAAAUUCAUCCAUUAUCUCUCGAAUAUCCAAUGUAGACCGUUGGCAAUCGAGUAAAUAUGUCGAUGAUGUCGUGAAUAAAGUAAAAGAAUGUACUAUCCAUAAGAAACAACAACGUCCAUCACCAUUCAUGAAUAGAAGAAUACCACGGAAUACAAUCUUACCAGCGUUGGUACCAGACACUCAUAAGAAAAAAUCAACCCGAACUGCUUCAACGUGUUCUCAUUGUCAUCAACUACUUUCCGGUAAAAUAGUCCAAUUACCUGAUGAUGACGAUAAUAGUAAUGAUAAUAAUCAAUAUCAUUGGUCUUGUCUGGUUUGUCAUGAGUGUAAAGAACCAUUUCUUUCCACUGAAGUUUAUUUGAAUUCACAAAGUCAAGUUUAUCAUCCCAAAUGUGCAGCCAUCUCGCCAGUGGUGGAGAAAACAUGUGACAAAUGUCAAUAUCCUAUUCUUGAAAAGUAUUUGUCUAUCCAUACAUCGAUAUUACAUUUGGAAUGUUUCCGAUGUACUGGUUGUGAUAUUGUUUUGAAAUCUGCCAGUAUCUAUUGCCAUAAGGAUCCAAAACCAAACAAUCAUGAUCAAAUCUAUUGUCGACCAUGUCAUCAAGCCCAUUUCCCAGAAGAUCAACAUACCAUCACAAACGACGGUCAAUGGAAAAUUGUACCCCAACCAUAUGAUCUAGAAAGAUCUAUCUUGCAACUAAAAUACCCUAAUAAUAGUUCUCCUACGUUAUCUGUAUCCAUGUCAUCAUGUUCAUCCAUUUCUUCCUUAUCAACGUCACUUACAUCAUCACCAUCUUCACCACAUAUUGAUACCAUGGUUGCACCAACAGAAACUACUAUAUUUCAACCUUCUCAAUUGAUGAAAUCCAAAGUAUAUCGUCCAUUGCCACAAUUUGGUACCGUGAAAGUAUGUCCUGGUUGUCAAGAACGUAUUGUGUCAGUCCAUGAAGAGCGUACAGGUCCCCGUGCUGCUAAAUGGCAUCGUCAUUGUCUUGCUUGUCAUUCUUGUCAUAAACCUUUAGACUCUUCAGCCAAAGUAUAUCAAGCACCAGGAAGUCAACAAUUGAUUCCAUCUUGCACUACUUGUUUGUUACUAAUGAAAAAUAUCAAUACAAAGAGAAAUAGUGAAUUCCUCAAGGACUUGUGUAAAACAUGA